CUACUUGGGACUAUACAGCCCCAAAUUUGCACGUGUUUCUAACCAACGAUUGAACUCUUGAUGCACACUCCCUCACCGGCCAGUUGGUUCCGAUCACUACCUGUUUCAAAUAUCUUGCCGUGAGAAUGGCAUCGCGACGCGGUCACGUAUAUAUGAGAGAUAAUGGCUGGAUAUAUCCUAGUCAAAUUAUACGAUUCGCACUGUUUUUCCCAACAACCAUCUACAAUUCUGGGGCAAAGAGAAAUGCAGGCAUCCUUCGCCGUCACCCUGAGCUACAGACUAUGUUUAAUCCAUUACUUGGAAAGGGCGAAUUGAUGUCGGCCAAAUGGGCCAACAUAGCCUUCGGUUGGAACAUGGCUAUGUUCAUAUUUUCUCUAUUCGUCCCCGUUCCCGUCAACAUGCUCUUCAUAGCGUUUGAUGCUGUGAUAGUCGCUUUCAUCAGCCAAGUCGCCCAUAUACAAAACAGCUAUACGCCAAGAGGAAAUGGACUAUGCAAAGACGCCCACAACUGGCAAAGACCGCCACAAAUGAACGAAAGUUUCUUCGAAGCUAUGGGUCGAUGGAACUCGACGCAGGCCACAGGGACUAGGUUUUGCAAGUCAUUCGUCGAGCAGAGAAACUACAGUAUUGCCAUUGCCGUUCUUCUCGCCAUCAUUGUGGUUCUGAACACUGCCGUGCUUAUCCUCUCUUUCACGCACAUUAUCAAAACCGUUCGUGCAGAGGGCAAAGGCACACUUAUGUUUUUCUGUGAAGCGGCGCUUGUCGCCCCUCGUGCCAUGGUCAUUGCCUUUGCGGUCCUUAUCUGCGUAAUUCCGCUCCUGCUCCUCAAAUGCCUGCCCAUUAGCCUGAAAGUGCGCAUCCGCUACGCUCGACGCUAUCUCACGAAAGUCCUCGGACGCGUGCCACCGCCAACAGAAAUCAAACUCGCAGAUCUGACUCCAUUCCGAAAACCAGGUGGCAAGUCCCGGAAGAGAGAGUACAGGGGUACCGAUCCAGGGACCCCGAACAACCUGUCCGAUUUCUUGGGUAUAUACGAUAUGUUGAUGCUAGUCACCCAACACCUCCACUACUCAGACAUUCAAUCUCUUUCACUCGUAUCGAAAUCCGUUCGCGAGGCUAUCCUACCAUCCGAUACGCCGAUCAGUGUACGCGACCUGCACUUCCGCAUGUACACGUGCAGCAGCGAAGACGAUAUCAACGACAAACGGCCAUGUUAUGUAUGCAACGCGCAGAUUUGCAAGGAUUGCGCAUGCGAACAGACCAUAAAGCAAACGUACGCCAUGUGGCACGAGUGCACGUGCAAGGAGUGGUGCACGCCUUGUUACAGGAGAUUGCUACGUGAACAUCGACCGAAUGCGGUUGCGGAUUCGCUGAAGUGUCGCUGCGCACCGCCCUCGCCUGGUUUUCAUCUGUUCAAUACCAUGAUAUAUGGUUUCAAAUGGAGGGAGCAGAAAAAGUUCAACCAUCCUUUCCGGGACAUAUGUUCACAUUGUGCGACUAUUCCUGCGGACGAACUGGCGGAGCGACGGGAGAGAAGAAGCAAUUUCGAGCUCAGACGUGCCGAGAGAACAUAUACGGAGACGUGUGGCAACACUGGGUGUGGCAGGAUACUUGAUGAGGGGCCAAGAUGGUGGGUUUGUUCGAAUUGCAGAUUCGAAUGUUCUGCGGGAUGUCAUUUGGAUUGGGCGGAAAAAAGAGCAAGGAACAAACGCGAGGCGGUAUGAACAAUUUGCUAGGCUUACGGCGUAUGUUGGUGUUGAAUAAACGAUCAUAAAUAUAAUAUUCUCUGAGUUCCUUAUCUUCGAAAUCAUACAAAAUAGACCUCUCAUAGCCCGAAAUUGCCCUCAAGGACCUCGUCCGG